AUAAGACCCAAAAUUCUUCAGAGUAUACUCACUAGUCACUGCAACUUCUUGUGUUCCUUCACCGCGAGCAUCCAUGGCGGAAGCCGAAGCCACGGACACGCUUCGCAUACUGGUAGCCACCGACUGCCACCUCGGGUACAUGGAGAAAGACGAGGUGCGCCGCCACGACUCAUUCCAAGCAUUCGAAGAGAUUUGCUCCAUCGCGGAGGAGAAGCAGGUCGACUUCAUGCUACUCGGCGGUGACCUCUUCCACGAGAACAAGCCAACUAGGUCAACGUUAGUCAAGGCCAUUGAGAUUCUCCGUCGCUAUUGCCUCAAUGAUCGACCCGUUCCCUUCCAAGUUGUUAGUGACCAGACCCUUAAUUUCCAGAACACGUUUGGUCAUGUGAAUUAUGAAGAUCCUCACUUUAAUGUUGGCUUGCCGGUUUUUACCAUUCAUGGAAAUCAUGACGAUCCCGCAGGCGUGGACAACCUUUCUGUUGUUGAUAUUCUCUCGGCAUGUAAUCUUGUCAACUACUUUGGGAAAACAGUUCUUGGGGGUUCUGGUGUUGGUCAGAUCACUCUACACCCUAUUCUUAUCAAGAAGGGUUCAACAGCUGUAGCUCUGUAUGGUCUGGGGAACAUUAGAGAUGAACGGCUUAAUAGGAUGUUUCAAACACCACAUGCUGUGCAGUGGAUGCGUCCUGAAUCUCAGGAAGGGUGUCAAGUUUCUGAUUGGUUCAACAUUCUGGUACUUCAUCAGAACAGAGUGAAAAUGAAUCCAAAAAAUGCAAUAAAUGAGCACUUCCUGCCACGCUUCCUGGACUUCAUUGUGUGGGGACAUGAGCAUGAAUGUUUGGUUGACCCACAGGAAGUUUCUGGGAUGGGAUUUCACAUUUCGCAACCAGGGUCAUCAGUUGCAACAUCACUAAUUGAUGGAGAAUCGAAGCCAAAGCAUGUACUUCUUUUAGAAAUUAAGGGAAAUCAAUAUCGCCCAACUAAGAUACCUUUAAAAUCUGUGCGGCCUUUUGAGUAUACAGAGAUUAUAUUAAAAGAUGAGCCUGAUAUUGAUCCCAAUGAUCAACAUUCUAUUCUUGAACAUCUGGACAAAGUGGUCGGGAAGCUUAUAGAAAAAUCUAGUAAGCAGGCUGUCCAUAGAGCAGAACUCAAGCUUCCACUAAUUCGUAUCAAGGUCGACUACUCUGGAUUUAUGACUAUAAAUCCUCAAAGAUUUGGGCAGAAAUAUGUAGGGAAGGUUGCAAACCCCCAAGACAUUCUUAUAUUCUCGAAGUCUGCAAAAAAGGCCAAGAAUGAAGGUAAAAUUGAUGAUUCUGAACGUCUUCGUCCAGAAGAAUUAAAUCAACAGAACAUUGAGGCUUUAGUUGCUGAAAAUAAUCUGAAAAUGGAGAUACUUCCUGUCAAUGAUUUGGAUAUUGCAUUGCACAAUUUUGUGAACAAGGAUGAUAAAAUGGCAUUUUACACUUGUGUACAAAACAAUAUUGUUGAAACAAGAAAUAAAAUUGCUAAGGAUUCAGAUAACCUGCAGUUUGACAAUGAAGAUUUAGUCGUUAAAGUUGGAGAGUGCUUGGAGGAACGGGUCAAGGAACGAUCUGUACUCUCCAAGGAACCCACACAGUUCACCGCUGGUGCUCAGUCAUUGGAGGAUUUCCGAGCUGCUGGAGCUGGAAGUGCGGUUUCCUUCAGUGAUGAUGAAGAUGCCAUGCCAAUGUCUAGCUCUAAGCCAAGCACAAGAGGCCGGAGAGGGUCCUCUAGUACAUCUCAAACUCAAACCAGAGGAAGGGGCCGGGGCAGGGGCAGAGGCAAGGAUUCCAGCACCUUGAAGCAGACGACCCUUGAUGGAGCUUUAGGCUUUCGCUCUUCACAGAGAUCUGCAUCGGUUGCUGCAUCAACUGCCAUUCGAAGUGUUGCUGAUGGUGGGGAUAACUUGGCAUCUGCUUCAAGUGAUGAUGCCAUUCAAAAUGCGGUCGAAGGUGUUGAUGACAGUUCGGAAAAUGAAUCUAAGCUGCCAGGACGCAAGAGGGCUGCUCCAAAGGGAAGAGGCAGAGGAUCUAACCAGCCUUCUAAUUCUAAACGUGGAAGGAAAUCAGAAAACUCUUCAGUCCAUAGAAUGCUGAUGAACAAUGAUGAUGAUGAUGACGACGAUGAUGACAAUGUCAGAAAGAGAUUAAAUAAGUCUCAACCUCGGGUGACCAAAAACUAUGGAGCUCUAAGAAGGUGAACACUUGGAUGUGUUUUACACAGACAGGCCUUAUGACAAGAUAAAUUGCUGUCAUAGGAUGAAUGAUUUAGCUGCAUUACCUUGUGCAAAAAAAUAGCAGUUGAGCCUUCAACUAGUUAGAAGCGUUUUGCCUUGGAUUUAAUGAUGGUUCACCAGAUUGCAGAAAGUAAUGACAGACAAGAACCCUACAUGAGGAGCCAAAAAAGAAAAGAACCCGGUUACUUGGGGGAGCCGACCGACCAGCUUAUUUUCUAGGAACUUACUUAUUUAGUGUGAUUUUGAUGUGCAGAGAAAGUAUUGUUUAGGCAUCAGACACUCAUGGUUUCAUGCUUUACAUAGCGCCUGUGUGUUAGGGAGCUACUAACAUUUGAACGUUGUAGCGCUGCUACGUUGAAAGCUUUUCACGGUCUUCAACUCGUUCAAGGAGCCGACCAACCAGUUUAUGUUAUGCUGGAUACGUUCCCAAGGGGGGGGGGGGGGAUAAAGCCAUUAAAUUUCGAGUGACAUGUUAUAUGUGAAAGUGAAAUUAAAGCUCCUUUUUUUAGUCAAUCCUUGAAGUGUAAUUUUUUUAAAUUUAACUGUACAAACACCCAUAGGCAUGGCUCGUAGAUUUUCUAUUUUAGACCAUUCAAGCUGCAAACAUUAGAUAGGAGUUUCAGAUAUUGCUUGUGACGUAAGGUACUUUCAGUGCUGUUAAGAUAAGAAUGUUUUAUUUCUAUAA